AUGGAGAAUGGAGACAUAAAGGAUAGCAGUAUCACAUAUUCGUCAUUCUAUGUCAAUGCCCAUUCCAAACACCCCCGGCUCAACACAAACAUAGGGUAUGGAGGUUGGCUCACAGGAGUUAAUGCCGCAGGCCAGUGGCUCCAGGUUGACUUGGGCGGUGCAGCGAAGGUACAGGGCGUUAUCACUGAGGGCAGGGCGGGUCAUAACCAGUGGGUGGAGUCAUACAAGCUGCAGUUCAGCUGGGACGGAAGCUCCUGGACAACCUACAAGGACUCUGAUGGGUCAGAUAAGGUUUUCACAGGGAACAAGAACUGGCACACUGAGGUAGCUAACAUCCUCCGGCCGCCAGCUUCUACCAGAUACAUCCGCUUCGUUGUGCAGACCUGGCACAGACGUCAAUCCCUGCGAGUGGAAAUCCUGGGCUGUAUGGAUACUGGUUGCCGAUCCCCGCUGGGGAUGGAGUCUGGACACAUCCUGGACGGCAGCAUCACAGCAUCGUCUGAAGGUGUAGAUGUUAGGUGCAAGAAGGCUCACGGCAGGCUGAACCAAGCGGUUAAUAUGGCCUGGUGCGCCGGGAACCAAAAUGCUGGCGAGUGGAUACAGGUUGACCUUGGCUUUGCUAGGGUUUCUGGAGUCAUAACGCGAGGUCGUGACCUUCAAGGGCAUACACCCCAAUAUGUGACAUCAUACAAGCUCCUCUUCAGCAAAGACGGAGAAUCCUGGACAACAUGCAAGGACAGGGACGGCUCGUAUAAGGUGUUCACAGGUAACAGUGACACGACGUCCCCCGUUCUUCACGUCCUUCACCCGCCAGUCAGUACCAGGUACAUCCGCGUGGUGGUGCUGACCUGGCACCAACAUAUCUGCAUGAGGCUGGAGGUCCUGGGAUGCUAUAGUGUCGGAAUAUCAUCAUCAUAAUCAUCUGGUCGUUAAUCAAGGUCUCAUGGACGUUGGUGAUCCUCCUCCUGUCCAAUCUUAAGAUCUUCAGUAAGAGUUUCGUGGACGAUUCAAGCUUAUGUCACGUUUUGGGAAUAUAUAUACACUUCACGAAAAACGCUUUUAUUCUGCAUACUCCAAUACAUGUAUCAAUCAAUCAAUGUUAAGUUAACAUAAAGUAACAUGGCAUAUAAGGUAUAUUUACGAAUGCCGAAACCCUACGGAAAGGUCAUAUUUGUGUUUAAGUUACCUUUAACCAAUCUUAAAAUCUGCUGAAAUAUUUCUCUGCCUUUAAUGGCUUUGUACGUAUCUCUGAAACUAAACUGAAAUAUUAGUUUUCGUGCUAGUGAUAGAUCUUUGAAAAUGAGCAUGAAAUUAUACCAGGCCUUUUUGCUUUAAGAUUAUAGAUAUAGUUGCCUUGGAGCUCGAGGCACUGCACCGUGCUUGAUGAAACGUCCAUCCAAACGCCACACAUUUUGUGAAAUGGUUAGCUUGUAAAAUAGCCGUAUCACUGGAAUUUGCAAUAUAUAAAUUGUGUUACAAAGGAGUAUGUGCUAGUAACCAUAUUUUUGUGCAACUGAUUGGCUGUGGCUAUUUAGAAUGUCGAAACUGCUGACAAACUUGAUUUUUGUUUUUCUUGCUGUGAAAUAAAAUGAAGCACAAAUAAAACUCGUUGAGUCCUAAUUAUUGCAAAUGCACCAACUGUUUGAGUAUGUUGUCCAUCAGUUUCUUGGAACAACAGCAGCUAGGCGAUUUAUUUCUGACAUAUAUU